AUGGCUAAACCAAAGAUAGUAGAUAGCAGCGAAGAAGAUAAUGACCUGAAUAAUAAUUACACUGAAUCACCAGCAGUAGACUCCGAAUUUAACGAUGAUGAUGAUGAUGAUGAUGAAGACGAAGGUACUGAUGAACCAUAUCAUGGUGAAGAUUCAAUUUCAAGGCUUGCUCGAGAAAGAAGAAGAUCAAAACUAGCAGAAGAGGUUGAACAAGACGAGGAAGAUGAAGAUGAAGAUGAAGAAGAAGACGAGGAUGAAGACGAAGAAGAUGAACAAGAAGAAGACGAUUUAUUAGAACUGAGUGAAGAAGAAGAUCCAGCUAAUGAUGAAAAUUUCAAUAUAGACGACAUAGAAGAAGAUUUAGAGCCGAAGGAUGAAUUUGAAGCAGAAGAUGAUGAAGACAUUGGAGAAGUUAAGGUUGUUGAACCAAUUAAAACAGCCCCACAUAAAUCAAUUAAAAUUAAAAUCAAACCACCAACAAUGAAACCUGACACAACUUCAAAACCUACUUCUUCGACAACAACAACUACCACAACCACAGAAGACGAUACAAGAAGCAGUAGGAAAAGACAGGUAAAUUAUUAUCAAGACGAUGGUCUAGAUUUUUCAGAUGAUUUAUCAGAUGUUGAUGAUAUACCACCACCAAUUAAAAAAAUUAAAAUUAGAACCAUUCCAGAACCUAAAACUCAACCACAAGAUUUAGAUCCUGAUUUAAUAUUAACAGAUGAAGAAAAUGAAUAUAAUAUAAAUUCAGCAAAUGAUAUAUCAAAAAUGACAGAAAGACAAAGAGCAAGAUAUAAUACUGAAACAUCAAUUGGUUUAGAAGAUCAAUAUCUUGAAUUAGAUGCAAGUGGUAAAAAAUCAAAAGCUAAAAAACAAACAAAAAUUGAAACUGAAGAAGAAGUAGCUUUAAGAAAAGCAGAAAAUGCAAGAAAAAGAUUAGAUUAUAAAAAUAAAAUGUUGGAAGAAGAGAAAAGAGAUACAUUAAAUAAAUUAUUGAAAAGAAGAGCUACUAAAUCAAGAGAAAUUAUAACUGAUGAUAGAGAAGGUACACCAGGUGAAGAAUUAAAUUCUUUUUAUAAAGAAAGAAGACCAAUGUUAAAACAUCCUGCUUUUAUACGAUAUGUUAAUAAUACUACAACUUUAAAAGGUAAUUCUGUUUUAGCUUAUAAUGAAUGA